AUGUACCGAAGCGGAAGGAUGCUGGCUGGUUGUCGUCGUUGGAGGGAGCGCACGUUUCUCGUUGUGAGUGUGGGUUUGCCAAAGCGAAAGAUGAGACCCUUUUAUGACGUCAGAUAUCCAGUUUCCUCCCGGAACACUCAAAGAUCCAGCGAAGAUCAAAGAUCACAUAUCGAGAAUGAGUCUGAUCAGAGCAUCCAUUGCGCUGGUGGUUCCGUCGGCGGCAGCUGCUGUGUUGUUCCCAGAAUCACCGAUUUAUGUGGCUGCUGCAACGGUGGCACUGUUUAUCUUUGCCAAGAGUUGCUCUCGCCCCUUGUUCAACGAGGAGGAACACUGUGGCCAAGACAACACCCUGACGACGGAGGCACUUUUGCCCUAUUUCGUCUCCUGGAGACGAUUUGCUUUAGGGGUAAUGGUACCGAUGGGGGCAGAGGUUUGAAUUAUACCCGGCGCGCAUUACUUAGAAGGCCCUGUAGAAGUCUACGUAUUCGACUAGUAUUGUAUUGA